UGUACAGACCAUUCUAAGCAUCGCGCAUAUCUGGCGCAAUUUCACGCGGCGCAUCAAUCCGCGCUGCUCUCACUCCUUCCGCCCUUCUCCCAGCGCCCAACCUGCCGUUUGCGCGGGCGCUGCGCGAACACGAGGGCAGUCCCGCAGGGUGCAUGAGUUGCGGGCACGAGGCAGCAAGGUGUGCUUGAGGUUCGAGGCUUGCGUUAGAGAGUUCUGAAUUGGCGCGGCAGGCGCCAUGAAGGUGUACGCGCACUGGGACGGCGACCCGCACUUCACGCUCAUCGCCGUCGUCGCUGAUCGCGCCGUCGCGACGACCGCAGGCGACAAGAGCGGCGUGCGCACAGCGGGCGAGCUGCUCGAGCGAUUCGCCUCCGCCUUCAACGCCAAGCACCCCUCCCAUGCCCCGCUCUCACCCUCGCUUCUCUCCCUCCACAAAGCAAGGGGUCAAUUACUUCCUCCCACUGCGGUACUGAGCAAGGCAGCACAUGACCUCGACGACUUGUUUGUUCGUCAAAAAGUUGCAACGCUCAAACCAUUGCCACCAGCACAGCAGCAGCAGCAGCAGCAGCAGGUGGGGGCGGAGAAGGGUGGGAAGGAGGUAGCAGUGGGAGCGCUGUCCCAUGGCGUGAGCGCCAUGACCGUGGGGCCUCCCACCGCCCGUUCUCCACCUGCUGCCGCCGCCACUCCCUCACCCGCCCCCGCCAGCCGCCCCUCAUCCACUGUGCGCUCUGCGCCUGCUGCCGCCAUCCCCCGAACCCCAGCUGCACCCCUCUCCGAGUCGCCUCUCACCCUGCCGCUGGUGCGCCACGCAGCACAGCAGAUGCUGCACGCGCAGAGGCAGGGCCAGUACAGGCAUGCCAUUCUGUUGGCGAAUCAGCUGCUCGCUGUGGCUCCCAACCUCAAGCUCUGCUACCGGGCGCUUGCCGCCAUGCACAUGGCCAUAUCCCGCCACGACCGCGCCCUGCCAGUUCUGCAGGCCGCCGUGGAAGCGCACCCAUCAGACGCGCUCUUGGUGCUGCGCCUGGCGCAGGCGACCCUGCACCUGGCGCAGCCCAGCGACGCCCUCUCCCUGGCCGACCGCGCUCUCUCCCUCGCGUCGCAGCAGGGGUGGCCGCAGCACAGCACGCGCAGGAGGGGCGUGGCGGGCCAGGGGGGGGGGGCGCGGGGCAUGGUGGGCGUGCUGGGCAGCAGGCAGAGCGCCUCUAGAAUGAUGCAACGGGCGCGGGUCAGCGGACAGCAGGCUGCCGAAAUGUUUGGUCUGCCCGAGGAGGAGGAGGACGACGAUGAGGGGGAGGGUGGGGAGGGUGGCAGGGGCAAGCGUGGCGCGGGGGGAGCAUGGGAUGUGGAGAGUCCCUACGUGGGUGAUCCGCAUGGCGAUCUCUCAUUGGACGACAUUAAGGUGGUGUGUGGGCGUGCGCUGCUGCAGGUGGGGGCGGUGGAUGUGGCAUCAGCCGUGGUGGCGGGUGUGCUGCAGGGCGACGAGCACCACGAGGACGCGCUCGUGCUCUAUGGGGAUGUGCUGCUGCGGCAGACGGCAGGCAAGCAGACGCCACAUGGACAACCAGCGGAAAGCCCCAAUGGCUGUGGAGCACAGAGCGAGGAGAAUGAGGGGGGAGGGGGGAGUGUGGAGGAGGAGGCGAUGAAGGCGUAUUUGAGAGUGCUGCUGGCGCGCCCCCACCAUGCCACAGCGCGUGCCAAGAUGGCCCAUGUGCUGCAGCACCACCCCUCUGCGCGCCGCCUGCUGCUCUCGCAGCUGCAGUCGGGCGCAGGCCCCCCCGCAGAUACGGCGCGCGCGCUGGUGUUCUUCGCCUCGGCGUGCAAGGACCACAGCGCGCUGGACGCCGCCCUGGCGCUCAUGCAGCGCGCCGUGGCGCUCACCCCCGGGUGCUGCAGCCACGUGCUGGCGCUGCUGCACCUGCACGAGGUCAUGCUGCAUGGCUGCGCCGCGCUGCACCUCGCCCUCUCCUUCUGCCACGCCCACCCUGAUUUCCGGCUCGGCCCUAUCACGCUCGCCGCGCUGCUGCCCUUCUUCCAAGGGCUGCCUCUCCACGCAGGCAGCUGCGAGGAUGUUUCGCCCUGCCCGCAUGAGCGGGGCGUGCAGCUGGAGUACCUGCGGUGGUGGGAUGGUGGGGGCUCGCAGGAUGGGGGUGGUGGCGAGGCUGGGGCAAAUGGUAGGGGAGCAGAUGCGUGUGCUGGCAUGGGGACAGACGCAGGUGCGGGAGGAGGAGGCAAGGGCGAGGGUGUGGGAGCAGGGGAGGGCACGGAGGAGUACAGGUCGGAGGAGCUGGACGUGCUGGCCAUGCUCAUGACGGCGGUGAAGGCGCUCUUCCUGGGGGGGGCCGUGCGGCGCGCCAAGGCGCUGGGGGCGCUGGUGGAGCGAGCGCGGGUGGCGUCCAAGGUGCCGCUGCACGAGACGCUCAUCCGCAAUGAGGCCGCUUACUUCGGCUGCGCCUUCCAGCUGCUCACACACUACCCCAUCACACACUCCCUCUCGCACAACUCCCCACCACCACUGUUCCUUGCAGGCGACAGCCACUGUCUGGCAGCAGCAUGGCGGGUGGUGCAUCUGAGGGGCCAGCCACGUCUGCUGUGCCCGCUGCUAAUCACGGGUCUCAAGGCGUGGCACCUGCGCCCCGAGUCAACAUUCUUCCCCAAGGCGUCGUUCCACCGCGCCAUGCAGUGCGUGCCCCCAGGCAGCGAGGUGGUGGUGCUGUUUGGGGAGAUUGACUGCCGUGAGGGCAUCCUCGUGUCCGUCGACCGCAACAAGUACAAUGACGUGGAGGAGGGAGUGGAGGUGACGGUGGACAUCUACCUGGCGGCGCUGCUCUCGCUCAUUGCGGCGCGCGGCUUUGAGAUAUUCGUGCACCCCGUGCCAUCCAUCAUCCCUGACACGCGCCCUCUCGCCCGCAUCUACAACGCCACGCUGCGCCGCCGCUGCCUGGCUGCUGCCGCCUCCCCUGCUGCCGGGGGGCGGCUGCACAUGCUGGACUUCUUCCCCGCCCUGCUCACUCAUGACCAAGAGUCCCUGCGUCCCGAGUUUGAGUUUGACGGAACGCACAUGAAUCCUCGCUAUGUGCCUCUCCUUGACAAGGAAUUGUCGCGCAUCCCUGCACCAUGAUGAGUCAUGAGUCAUCAGCUCGCCAUGCCUUUUUUUCCACUAGGAAUCACACAUGCAUGGGUCGCUGCCUCUAGCCAUGCUGCAGAGCCUGACUGACAGCUAAACAGACCUAUCCAGUCAAGUUCUUUCAGGGGAUGUACGAGGUCAGCUAGUCGUGGGUGGGUACUCAAAUGCCAGGGCGUCAGGCCACUCAGAUGCCGUAGAUAAUCGUUUUCAUUGCUUUAAUAUAUUAUUCAUCCCAAUGCGCUUGUGAC